UAGCAUCCUCCCAUCUACUUUCCCUCCACAUCCCACUUCCACAUCUUCCAACACUCAUUUCACAGCUCACACUUUCUCUCGUUCUCCUACUCCAGCCUCUCAUUUUACCUAGCGAAACUUCAAAUCUAACACGAUGUUGUCCGCCGUUUACGUUGCUUGCCUCUUGGCUGCCUCUGCCAUCGCUUCACCUGUCCAGCACAACCCUCGUUACGUCGCUGGCAGUUACUCUCAAGACAGCGCUCAUUCCAACGAAGAUCACGCUCGCGGUGCCUCGUCCACCCCAUUCAGUAGUAGUUCAUACAGCUCCGACCGCAGCAACUCAGAUGCUAGCCACAAGUCGGGCUCUUACUACAACGGUGGAUCCCCUUAUCUCGGCGGCGGAGCUGCCGGCUUCGGAGGAUACGGGAACUACUUGAACGGCGGUUACGGUGCCGGCGGCUACAACGGUGCCGCCAGCGCUUAUAACAGCGCCAGCGCUUACAACAGCGCCAGCGCUUAUAACACUGCCAGCGGCUACAACGGUAUCGGCUCCAAUGGGUACGGCAUCGGCAACUACGACCCCAGCAUGUACGCAGGUGGUGCUAGCAACUUCGGCAGUGCCAACAGCUUUUCGUCCUCCCAGUCCCAGCAAAGCUACAGCAUGUCCACUGUCAACUCCGCCUUCAGCAGCUUGAACAGCUACUUGGAGAACAUGAACUCCCGCCUGAUCAGUGGCCAGAUCACCCAACAAGCUAUCUACCAAGUCGUGCAGCAAAUCACCCAGUACUUCGAGUCCGCCAUGUUGCAAGCCACCUAUUGCGGCGAGUGUGUCAAUGGUCAGAGCCAAUUCAGCAGCGUUGCUUCCAGCUCAUUCUCCCAGUUCACCCACUUCAUGAACCAGGUUGAACGUCAAUUUGGCGGCAGCAUCUUUGACCAAUUUUCCAACCCCAUGUCGAGACUCUCUACUUCCAUGCAAUCGUUCUUCCACCGAGCCAGCUCCAGCUCUUUCUCAAUGACCUCUCAGAGCUUCAUCCCAUCGGACUUCACCCCCUUGGCGCAAAGACUGAUGCCCGACGUCGUGCCAUCUCUUUCCCAAUUCCAGCAGAAGAAGUAGAUUGUUCUUCCAAUCUGCUGCGUCGUUCCCUGGAAUAUCAUCCCUGCAUGAUUUGUCCUAUACCUACCACAUCACUUUCUUUCUCCGUUGGUUGUGUCUCGUUUUCGCGUUCAUCGUGCGCUAUUUGUUUUUCUUCGCUGGAUAUUUCAUGUACAAUUUCAUGCCACUUUCAUUGCUCAACACGCAUCAAAUGAGAAAACCUGGGCACGGCAAAGCCCACGUUUACAAGUCGCGG